UUACUUGCUGUAAGCUCGGCUCUGCGGCUGGACAGUACAGAAGUCCCUUUCAACACCCAGUCUCCCACCAAGCUUCAUGGUUAAUAAUUGGCUGCGCCUCGGCCGAAACAGCCUGUGUAGCGUUGGGCGUUUUGGUUCCUUCGACUGGUCUAAGAACUCAUGUUAGCUGAGGACUAGGUUGGAUGUUCCUCUACUAUUUGUCACAGGGGAUCGCUGCGCCAGUGACUUUUACCCUUUUAGUGCUACUUGAGCCGCGCGAUGUUAUCGGAUAUGACUCUUAUCGCGUACGACUAGCCGUUAUAGCUGAAGGGUCUCGUCGUAUGUGAUUAUUAUCUUCGAGAUUAGCUAACUAGGUAGGCGCUUAGGUUUGGUCUUCUCAAGUUAUGCGUCUUUCCCGAGUCAUGCGGCCGUUACGUGUUCGGCACGCGACCUCUCUAUUAGUCGCCGCGUUUUUCUGCCUGUGCUGCUGUCGCCUCGCGUCUCCGUCCGACGCUGCUAUUGGUGGCCAUUUGACACGUGGCAACCGCAACAGCUUCUUCCCUACCCCCCGUCCGCACGGACGAUGGUUAUCUGACACGUGGCAACCGGGCGAACGCGGGCAAUUUGACACGUGGCAAGCGGUGGAACGGGGAGACUCAGGAGUUCGCAGCGAAGGCGACACAGGGAAGAGGGGCGCACAUAGCAAAGACGGCCUGAAGAAUAAAGACGUAUGGAGCCUCGAGUCGCGCUUAGACUAUGAGACCGUGCCUCCUUGGAGUCAGGAUGAUUAUGCGGGGAUCAUGGCGCAGGGGGAGGGGGCGGGGGAGGGGGAGGGGGAGGGGGAGGGGGAACGGGAAGGGGAUGGGGAGGCGGAGGGAGGAGGGGAAGGGGUAGGGAACGGGGUGGGGGAAAAGGGGGAUGAACAGAUGAAAAUCGGUGCUAGCGCAGGUGGUGAGGGAAGGCACGCGGAAGGCGACGGAGAGUUUAACCUGGAUGACUCAAGCGAAGGUGAUUCAAACGAGGGUAGUGACGGUAUUGGCGUUGCUGCUGCUUCUGCUGCUGUUGCCACCGCUGCUGGUGCUGGUGCUAGUAGCGGUGGUGAUAGUAGCAGCAGGGAGGAGGGAGACAAGAACUGGUUUAUGAGGGACUGGGGGCGCAGUGGUAUGGUGCUAGAUGGUGCUACGGCAGAUGGUGAGACUAACCCCAUGGCUACAGUAGCAUCCGCUUUUGAAGCAGCUUCGGGUUUCACCAACACACCUCGGGAUCCCGGGGCCUUUCAACAGGGUUACAGCAGCAGCAGCAGCAGCAAUAGGGACAGUGACUAUGGUAGCGGUGAUAGUAGCAGCAGGGAGGAGGGAGACAAGAACUGGUUUAUGAGGGACUGGGGGCGCAGUGGUAUGGUGCUAGAUGGUGCUACGGCAGAUGGUGAGACUAACCCCAUGGCUACAGUAGCAUCCGCGUUUGAAUCAGCUUCGGGUUUCACCAACACACCUCGGGAUCCCGGGGCCUUUCAACAGGGUUACAGCAGCAGCAGCAGCAGCAGCAGCAGCAGCAGCAGCAGCAGCAGCAAUGGAGACAGUGACUAUGAUAGCGGCGAUAGUAGCAGCAGGGAGGAGGAGGGAGACAGGGACUGGUUUAUGAGGGAUUGGGGAAGCAGCGGUAUGGUGCAAGAUGGUGCUAUGGCAAGUGCUCAUGAUGUUAAUAAUGAUGGUGGUGUUGGUGGUGGUGGUGGUGGUGGCAGUGGUGGUAAUGUUGCUGCUGCUGCAGCUGUUGAUGUUAGUGCUGGCGGUGGUGAUAGCAACAGCAGGGGGAAGGAGGGCAGGGGCUGGUUCACGAGGGAUUGGGGCCACAGCGGUAUGGUGCUAGAUGCUGCUAGGGUAGAUGAUGCUGAUAAUGAUGCUGAUAAUGAUGAUAAUGAUGAUGGUGAUGGUGACGGUGAUGGCAUUGGUGCUGUUGCUGCUGCUGUGGAUACUGGUACUGGUACCGGUGCUGGUGCUGCUAACGGUGGUGAUAGUAGCACCAGAGAGAGGGGAGACAGGGACUGGUUCAUGAGGGAUUGGGGGCGGAGUGGUAUGGUGCUAGAUGGUGCUAGGGUCGAUGAUGCUGGGGGUGAUGGUGUUGGUGAUGGUGAUGGCAAUGGUGCUGUUACUGCUGCUGCAGACGGGGAUGCUGAUGCUCAUGCUGAUGCUGAUGCUGAUGCUGAUGCUGAUGCUGAUGCUGAUGCUGAUGCUGAUGCUGAUUAUUUUGGCUCAAGCAGGCAAGCCUUUAGUGAUGAAGGCAGUGAGGAGAACCCCAUGGCUACAGUAGCAUCCGCGUUUGAAGCAGCUUCGGGUUUCACCAACACGCCUCGCGAUCUCGGCGCUUUUCAACAAGGUUACAGCAGCAGCAGCAGCAGCAGCAGCAGCAGCAGCCAUGGGGACAGUGACUAUGGUAGCGACAGCAGCCGCAGUGAUGGUAGCGGUAGUGACAGCAGUGGUGGUGAUAGUAGCGAGAGUGGCAGCAGCAGCAGUGAGCAAACCGAAGGCUCUAGGAUGGCAGCUAUGGCAGCGCGAGACGUUGCCGAGGCUCGCACGGAGCCUAGCCUUGGUGCGGGUCCGAACCUGGUGUGGCCUCUGGACGACAGAGUUGUUAGGAGCACUGCGGACAGCGGUAGUGGCAGUGGCGACGGUGGUGCUGCUGGUGCUGCUGGUGGUGGUGAUGGUGCUGCUGGGGAUGCUGCAUUUGGUGGCACGACUGGCGAUCAGGGGUCGAGAUUUCUUCCACUCACAACUUACUCGGAUGAUGAGGCAGCAGCACUGGCAGCCAGAGACGUGGCGGGGGCGAUUGCCCACCCGGGGCUGACUCCCCAAUUGGAGUCAGUUGAGUCAACCGAGUCAACUGAGUCAACUGAGUCAACCGAGUCAACAGGUUUCAAGUCACCCCAAAAUGCUGAUGAAAGGCCGAGACUCCUUCCACUAACACCCUUCUCAGACGACGACGCAGCGGCGCUGGCAGCCAGAGACGUGGCCGGGGCUAUUGCCCACCCGGGGCUGACCCCCAAACCACGGUCAACCGAGUCAACCGAGCCGAUUAUGUCGAUCAGGCAAGCUAUCUCCGAUGCCGAAAUGGGAGCACUUGCUGCGAGAGACGUGGCGGGGGCUAUUGCCCACCCAGGGCUGACCCCCCAACCACAGUCAACCAAGUCAACCGAGUCAGCCAAGCCAAUCCAGUCGAUCAGGCAAGCUAUAUCCGAUACCGAAAUGGGAGCACUUGCUGCGAGAGACGUGGCGGGGGCUAUUGCCCACCCAGGGCUGACCCCCCAACCACAGUCAACCAAGUCAACCGAGUCAGCCAAGCCAAUCCAGUCGAUCAGGCAAGCUAUCUCCGAUGUCGAAAUGGCUGCGCUGGCAGCUAGAGACGUGGCGGGGGCUAUUGCGCACCCAGGGCUGAUCCCCCAACGAGAGUCAACAGAGUCAACCGAGUCAGCGGGUUUAGAGGUGUCUCGAAAUCCGGGACUGUACCCUCAAAGAAAGUCAACGGGGUCGACAGAGUCAAUGGGCAGCAGCUCUGGUGUGCGGCCUUUCGUUUGGCCUCUGGACGAUGCGAUCGCUGCUGCUGAUUCUGACAGUGGAGAUGCUUAUAGCGAGGAUGGCUAUGGCGGGGACGGCAGUGUGGCUGAUGAGUCUGAUGGGGGCAGCAACAGUGCGGGCGGUGAUAAGCGGAGUAGUGGAGAUGCCAAUAACGAGGAUGUGAUUGAAGGAGACAGUGACUACAUGGCUCUUGCUGCUAAGGACCUCUCUCUGGCGCUCAUUCCACGUGGCAGCAGCUCAGUGGACGAGGAGAGAGGGGCAAAGGGGGGGAAAGAAGAGUGGAAUGGGGAGGGGGAGGAGGAUUCUAGUGAGGAGGGUGAUGAGGGGGCUAGUGAGGCGGGGGGAGAGGAAGGGAGUGGGGAGGAGAGGACAAAGGGGAGGGUGGAGAGUGCAGAAGCAGCGAGCACAAAGGGCAAGGAGGGAGGAGGCACGUUUCAGUACCAUCCUCGCACCCGCAUGCAACCUCCGAAAAGCACUGGCAGCAGCAGCAGCACCACCACCACCACCACCGGUGGCAGUGGUGGCAGCAGCAGGGGCGCUACCAAACAACGCUUGCCGGCCAAGCUGAGAGGCCCCGUCGCAUUCCCGUUCACCAUCCAGCCGCCCAGCACCGAUCCCAUGGCUGGCAUUCUCACCUGGCCAAUCACAUCCGUCCAAAACAGCAACAACCCCGACACCGCACCCCCCUCCUCCCCCCAAGUUCCCCCCUCCUCCAAAAAACCAUCCUCUCCGUCUCGGCAACCCUCGGCCAAGCGGCCCAAGGGCGUGUGCACGAGCCUUCGAGCAGUCUACGUCUUGAACAUCACCACACCCACUGACUUCAACCUCAGGCUCCAAAUCCCCCCCAACGUCACCGUUGUUAUGUACCUCCAGAACAACAUAGUCCUCCCCUCAGGGCUCGUCUUUCACGCGGGGUUCUCGUGCACGCUGCUGAUGUCGAUGGUGGGGGUGUGGCCGGGGUAUACUAUCGAGUACCCUGGGAGCGACAUGCCGGCUUUUAAGGUGGAGAAUGCGAGCAAUGUUGUGUCGGUGAAUGUGAAUUAUAAAGUCGGGGUGGCGGCGGGGGCAGCGGCGUGUGCGGGGUUCCAAGGGGCGGAUCAGACAUCGGUGUGUCCGGCGAUUGCCAUUCACCGGUCGUUCGGCGUGCAAGUUGGAGCAGGCACAGUGUACGGCAGAGUGGACGUUGUUCGGAGCAUGAACGUGCGAGUCGACUCUUUCAAAAUCACCGCUCCAGCCCUCUCCUCCAUCGCCUCUCCGGGACAUGUCCGCGUGGCCCUCUGCGGUAUCGGCCCGUCCCUCCUCAAGUCCAACGUGCUUAUAACGAACAACGAGGUGUACGCCGCGCGCAUCGGCAUCGUCCUGCACCGGGGGGCCGUGGGGGUGGCGGUGGCGAGCAACUACGUGCAUGGGUUCACCGGCGCGGGGAUUAUGUGCGGUGCUGGACCACGAUUCGUCGGAGACUGCAUGCUAGUGAAUAUCUCGAAUAACGUGGUGCAAGCGCCGUGGGGAGGGAUGCCUGGCGCUGGGAAAGCUACUGGGAUCAUCUUUUCAACCCACUGGAUCAACCCGGGCAACUUGGCUCUCUGCAACUACAUUGUCAACGGUGCGCUGUGCUAUGACCUCGACUCCACGUCAUCGGGCAUUUUGAUCCAGGGUGGCGCGUGCAUGUAUGCGAAGCAGGGCGUGCGAAUCAACAACGGGAAAUCGAACGUUGUGAAGCAUGUGAUUAUGAGUGGAGUGCUAGGGACAAGCGGGUCCAUAGCAUGCCCAACAGUCACAACCAUCAACUGCCUCAAAAAGCCGGGCUCCUAUUGGGAGGCAAUGCGGCUUAAAUACUACAAUUCCCCUGCUAUAAAUGCCGCAUACCCCUAUUUGCAGCAGAUAUGCACCCAGACAGACGCUAACGGCGGCAUGAUAUGCAACACUGAUUUUGGGGCCAAUGCUACAACCACCGGCAACUGUAGCGGGCUUCCCACUGAGAACAACGUCGACCUGGUUACCAUCAGCAAUAACACCGAGUCCAUGGGAUACAGCAAUGGCUGCUUCACUUAUGAUAAUAUCGACAUACUGAGCAACCUGACACAGAUCCCAAUACCCUAUCCAAAGAAGGCUGGUUUCCGGAAUCUUCGCCGGAACGACUUGGGUUUGAAGGUUGGAUCGUUGCUCUACAAGUUCCGGCCAAGAUUUCUGAGCUGCCCAAGAAGAUACUCGGGUCCUCGCAAAUUGUCAUUGAAUUCCUACUUUUGGAACUACAAUAUUCCAAGGCCAGCAGGCUUCUACAGGCUGUUGGCCAUGGGAACUAACCAUCUAAUAGAUGGCUCGUUAGUCUAAGACCAUUUGUUGUACCAUGGUACAACGUGUGAAUAAUUGUAAUUGCCCUUCAAUUUCGAUAUUUUUUCCACACCGUUU